UCACAGGAGACCACAAUAAAGCAAGAAUGUUUGCUCUUUGCUGUCUAAUUACGCUGCUUGUGAAUCCAGGAAUGUGCAGCCACGAAUGGGCAGUACAUUACUUAAACAAAAUGAAAUGUGCCCUUAAGGGCUCAACAACAAUUUUGUUCGGCAGUUUCACAUACCCCGAUGAUCUCACUCUAACUGAGAUAUUCUGGACUGUAAAUCCAGUUCGAGAAGUGGAGACGCCUGAUCUGUCUAAAGAAGCAGAAUAUAAAGGCAGAGUUAAAUACAUUCGGAGUGACGACCAAACCUUCUUUCUCAAACUAUGUAAUGCGACAUCUGAAGAUGAGAAAAUGUACUGCAUCAGAAUCGUGACGGAUGAAGAAACAGGAAAAUAUCUGGGCUAUCCUGGAAUUGAGCUCAAAGUGACAGAACUCAAUGUGGAGGUUCCUGAAGAGGUCAUAGAGGGAAAUUCAGCAGUUUUGUUUUGUAAAACCACCUGCAACUUUGCAGACAGCACAAAAUAUAGCUGGUACAAAAACAAAAUCCCUUUGUCAGAAUCAUUCAGUAGAAAAGAACUGUUUCUGCGGCCGGUCAGCAGUGAUGAUGCAGGAGAAUACAGCUGUGCACUUAGAGAACAUAAAGAUCUGCCUUCCCCUGCUGUCACGCUCAAUGUCAGAUAUCCACCAAAGAACACCUCAGCGUCCAUCAGUUCUUCUGGUGUAAUAGUGGAGGGUGAUUCAGUGACUCUGACCUGCAGCAGUGAAUCAAAUCCACCUGUUCACAUCUACAGCUGGUUUAAAGAGAAUCAAACAUCAUCUGUUGGAUCUGGACAGACGUUCAGCAUCACUAACAUUAAUUCACGUCUCAGUGGAGGGUUUUACUGUGUGGCUCAGAAUAAACAUGGAUCUCAGAGAUCAGCUGCUGUAUCACUCACCGUUAAAGGAGUUCAGAGUUCUGCUGUAGUUUCUGGGAUUGUGGCAGGAUGUGGAGGAUUGUUCUUCAUCAUCAUCUUCAUCAUCCUGUUUAUUAAGAAGAGGAGGACUGAUAGUAGAGCAGAAUACGUCAAUCAAACACACGUGACAAACACACAUCUUCAUCUCCACCUGCAGUAG